GACAAGGAAACCGGCCACUGCUGUCUACGUGGUUCAGUUUUCUCACUUCCUGUGGAUUGAAAGAUUCGAGUGAGGCUCCAACUUUGUAGAGGCUGCUUUAGCUUUCUCGGGUGACCUGCUUACAAAGUCCUCAUGAAAGCUUCCAUCUUUUUUCUUUCUUUGUUUGUUUCUGCCGAGACACGUCCAUUCAAGAUCCUCGAGAGACUGCAUCCCCAAAAGCCACAGGUCAUUAAGUGCUAGGAAACAGAUUCCGGAGAAAAGGAACGGGCUAUUUUCAAGCACCGCAGGGACAGCUCCAAAUGUGAGACCCACUGAAGUGAGAACUUUCAGGAUGCCGCCAAAAAGUGGGUUUAUGGAGAAGUUGGACACUCCUACCAAGAACAAUGGAUAAAGACUAGUCCAGAGGUCCUCCUCGUGCAAGAUGCGGAUGACAACAAAGAGGGAACAGUGGAGUCUUUCCUGAAUCCAGAGCCUGUGAUUGAUACGGCACUUUUCCAUCUGACUAUAGCAAACCUCUGAUGGAUGAGGCGAUGCUGCAGAAGCACAUAGAAACCCUUCCGGCCUGGUGUGGCCCGAGCACCGAGUUUGUUCCCUUGGGGAGACUGACUGACCUCCUUCUGGUAGAAGGACUGACCGACCUCCAGCAGAAGCAGCAUGACUUUGUCCAGAUCGAAACCACAAAAGGCACGAGGAAUGCCUCCAAGCAAAUCUCCUUGGAGAAGCUCUUCUUGCCUCUCUCCAAGCUCAGCAUCCCUCCACGGGUUUCGGUGACCAUCGGGGUCAGCGGCAUCGGCAAGAGCUCAUUGGUCAGGCUCUUUGUCCAUGCUUGGGGGAAAGGCGAGCUGGGCAAGGACUUUGUGUUUGUGUUGCCUCUCACCUUCCGGGAACUGAACGCAUAUGAUAGGCUCUCUGCUGAGAGGCUGAUCCACUUGGCAUCUCCCCGCUUAGUGGACCUGAGCCUUCUCUCUUUCGUGGACACACCCCAGACUCUUCUGAUUCUGGAUGGCUUGGAUGAAUUUAAAACGCGCUUAGAUUUUUCCAACGCCGCUGUUUGCACAGACCUUCGCAAGGAGGUCCAGGUGGAAAACCUGAUCACCAACAUCAUCCGAGGAAACUUGUUGCGUGACAUUUCGGUUUGGGUCACCUCCCGGCCUACUGCAGCUAGCCAGAUCCCAGGCGGCCUGGUGGACAGGAUGACUGAAAUCCAAGGUUUUGGAGAGGCAGAAAUCAAGGACUAUUUAGACCACAUGUUCAUCGAGGACUCAAACUUAUCAGAUGACGUGAUGCAUCUUCUCAAGGGGAACAAGCCUUUAUAUAUCAUGUGCACAGUACCAGCAUUUUGCAGGAUCUGUGGAUCCUCCAUCGGAUACUUCUUAAAGAGUGCCAAGGGCUCUCCUGAAAUGUUAGCUGUUCCGAAGACUUUGUCAGAAAUCUAUUCACACUUCUUUAAAAUGGCACUGUGUAGCGAAGGGACAGGGAAGCAAAAUGAAGUUCCCAGGAUAGAGCAGGUGGAGCAAAAUUGCAAAAAAACGAUGAGUUGUUUGGGCCGAUUGGCCUUCUACAGCCUGAUCAAGAAGAAAUACAUCUUUCAUGAGCAGGACAUGAAGGCCUACGGUGUGGACUUCUUGUCUCUUCACAUCAGCUUGAGCAACAGGCUCUUGAUGAAGGAAGAGACUCCGCUCUCCACCCUUUACUAUUUCCCCCACUUAACGUUUCAGGAAUUCCUGGCAGCUGCUUAUUAUUAUAUGGCUUCCAAACGGGCCCUUUUUGACCUCUUUGUUGAGAGCGGGAUGUCUUGGCCCAAGCUGGGCUUCCUCAACCACUUCAAAAAUGCCAUGCAGAAGUCCCUGCAGUCUGAGGAUGGACACCUGGAUGUCUUUGUGCGCUUCCUUGCCGGCUUCCUCUCUCCACAGGUGAACAAAGUCCUGUCUGAUUGGUUCUUGGUGAGGGAGGAACACCACAGUUACCGGAGCCACGCCAUCAGCCUGCUCCAGAACCUCCUGGGUUUGGACCAAGCGGUUUCCUGCCGGACGGUGAACCUCAUGAGAUGCUUCCACGAGAUCCAGCACACAGAGGUCACUGGCAUCAUUGAGGACGCUAUGAAGAACGAGAACCUGGCUGGAAUGCUGACACCAGUUAAUUGCUCUGCCUUGGCUUAUGUUCUGCAGACCUCAGAGGUUUGUGCGGAGGAGGCAAACCUCUCCAGCUGCCUCACUUACCAUGCCCUCCAAAACCUUCUCUCCCAGCUGCUCUAUUGCAACAAGCUCAGGCUGGACUGCAACCAAUUUAAAGACAAUGCCAUGGACCUGCUGGGCAGUGUUUUGAGUGGAAAGGACUGCCAGAUUCAAAAGAUCAGCUUGGCAGAAAAUCAGAUUGGUGACAAAGGUGCCAAAGCUCUUGCCAGAUCCUUGAUGGUCAACCGAAGCCUGCUGGCACUUGACCUUCGGAGUAACUCCAUAGGACCCAAAGGAGCCAAGGCAAUCGCUGAUGCACUGAAAAUCAACCAGUGUUUGCUUUCCUUAAACCUCCAGAACAACACAAUGAAGGAGGACGGGACCAAAUGUCUGGCGGAGGCACUGGUCAGCAACCAUACGCUGAUGACGCUGCAACUUCAGAAGAACUCAAUUGGACCCCAAGGCUCUAAGAAAAUAGCAGAAGCCCUUAAGAAAAACUGGACUCUAAAAGAACUAAUAUUGUCCAGUAACUGCGUUGGAGACGUCGGUGCCAUGGCCCUGGGAGAAGGGCUGAAGGUCAACUGCAGCCUUUUAACCCUGGAUCUGCAGAGCAAUUCCAUCAGCGACGCAGGAGCAACUGCUCUCACACGAGCCCUUUGCGCCAACCAAGGUCUCACCAGACUCAGCCUGCGGGAGAACUCCAUCAGCUCAGAAGGAGCCCGGGAGAUUGGCAUUGCCCUUCGAGCCAACCGUUGCCUGAGAAAUCUGGACUUGGCUGCCAACUUACUGCACGAUGAAGGCAUCCAAGCCAUUGCUUUGGCACUGAAAGUGAACCAGAUGCUUACUUCCCUCCAUUUACAAUGGAACUUCAUUCAGUCCAACGCAGUGAAGGCUCUGAGCCAAGCACUACAAUUCAACCACAGCCUUGAAGUCUUGGAUUUACAGGAGAAUGCCAUCGGGGAUGAAGGAAUGGUUGCCUUGGCCUCAGCUCUUCGGGUGAACUCAACACUCACUGCUCUCUACCUUCAAGCAACACUCAUUGGAGAGCGUGGGGCCAUUGCUCUGGGAGAAGCCUUGGGUGUUAACAAGAGCCUUGCUGUGCUAGACUUAAGAGGAAAUGCUAUCGGUUUGGCUGGUGCCAAAGCCAUGGCCAGUGCCCUGAAAGUCAACAGCACCCUCCGCAGACUGAACCUCCAGGAGAACUUGCUGGGGAUGGAUGGCGCCAUCUGCAUCGCCACCGCUCUGACCAGGAGCCACAGCCUGACUUACAUUAACUUGCAAGGAAAUCGUAUUGGGGAGUCUGGCGCCAAGGUGAUCACCGAUGCCAUUUGCACCAACGCCCCUGGCUGCAUAGUGGAGAUGUGAGAGGUGGUCUGCCGGAGGCCUUCGGAUGGCUUGGUUGAGCCAUGCCUUGGGUGUGCGUGUGUGACGCCCCCAUGCAUUUCCCUGAAGAAGUGGUGAAAAGGAGGACCGCUGGCCAAGGGGAUGCUGCUGCAAAGGAGAGUCCAAAGUUGUGAAGGCAGCUGUGGAAGACAAUGGUUUAACUAGUAUUUCUCAUUCUGGUUGCUGGCGCCAAGUUGCUUGGAGAGAAUAAUCAGAAGUAGGUUACAAUACUGCAGAUGCUGUGACGUGCCUCCUUUAGUAAGGUCCAAAAGACUACCUCCUGAGGUAUAAUCCUUA